AUGGCGAACUCUAACGAACUCUACGAUACUCCUCGUCCAACACUGGCGAAGGUGGUACUGAUUGGUGGAAUUGGUAUGGAAGUCAAAGACACAAAACCGUUGCCUGAGGAAAUACUCAAAAUCGUGGAAUCCCGAGAUGCUACCAUACUAUUUUCAUUUGGUUCUAUCGCACCUUCCCACAAUAUGCCUUUGGAAUGGAAGCGUUCUUUUGUGGAGGCGUUUAAAAAGUUUCCAAAUUACAACUUCUUGUGGAGAUACGAGAAGGACGACAUUAAAGCAAUACUGCCCCCGAAUGUUUAUCUCUACAAAUGGCUACCACAAACCGAUUUACUUCGUCAUUCAAAAACCAAGGCUUUCAUCACUCAUGCGGGAUACAAUAGCAUUCAGGAAGCCAUCAAUAUUGGAAUGCCUGUAAUAACAGUACCUCUCUACGGCGAUCAACCUAGAAAUGCGUUGCUAGCCAAACACCACGGAUUUGGUCUAAUCUUACAGAAGAGCGAAUUAUCUGCAGAGUCAAUAUCAAAGGCAAUAGAAGAAAUCGUAUCGAAUAAGAAGUACUUCGAAGCCGCAAAAAGGCUUUCCAAAAUGGUAGAGCAUAAGCCUGUUAGUCCUGCGCAGCUGCUGGUGAAAUGGUCGGAAUUCGUUGCGAAGUUCAAAACAUUAGAAAAUCUCGAACCAGCUGGAAAUAAACUCAACUUCUUCCAGUACCAUUCGCUUGACGUUAUCUUCACGCUUCUUAUAGUUUUAAUUAUAAGUCUUACAGUUACAGCUGCUUUGUUCAGAUGUUUGUUACACAGAAUUUUCGCCAAAUAUAUAGUCAAAUCAAAAAAAGAAUAA